ACUGGCCCGCCAGACCGCCCCACUCCUGCCGCCCUCCGAUGGGUCCACUGCCUUUGUGCCCGCCAGUAGGGCUGUCGCUGCUGCUGCUACUGGGACCCGGACUCGGGCUCAGCUCAGCUUCCCAGAGGUCACAUGUGCACCGACGUGGGCUUAUAGAACUGGCAGGGACUGUGCACUGUGCUGGCACCCGCACCGCCAUGGCCUACAUGAACUACGGCUGCUAUUGUGGCCUGGGUGGCCAUGGCCAGCCCAGGGAUGCCAUUGACUGGUGCUGUCAUUCCCACGACUGCUGCUACAAACGUGCCGAGGAUGCUGGCUGCAGUCCCAAGAUGGGGCGCUAUUCCUGGCAGUGUGUCAAUCAGCACAUCCUGUGUGGACCAGUGGAGGACAAAUGCCAAGAACUCAUGUGCAAGUGUGACCGGGAGAUUGCUUACUGUUUAGCCAACACUGAGUACACCUUCAAGUACCUCCUUUACCCCCGUUUCUUGUGUGGGAAGGACUCACCCAAGUGUGACUGACUAGCCUGACU